AUGCCACUAUCGUUCGCUUUGGGCCUCUACAUCUGUGCCGUCUUGGACCAGCGCGUACAUACUCCCCAACUUACGCUCUUUGAUAUACCUACAAGGAAUAUUCUUACUCCUCCCCCACACCAUCAUCCGUCCAACUGCGCGAUCAGCUCCAGAUUCGCCUCCCCAAGCUCUAUCACCAUCUACGAGUACGAGGCAUUGUACACUGCGCCUAUUCUCCAUUUCGCCUUGCUGGACGAUCUCCAAGACGACCGCCUGUUCGACAAUUUGCCACCUGUAGGACCUACUGACCUGACCUGUUGGCACUGCACCUCCAAACGAUUCGGCCGGUUAUCCUACUACAGCAGAGAUCUGCCAGAACAAGCUCGGGACACCGAAGGCUUCCUCGGUCGAACAUUGUCACAUCUUCGGGGUUGUGGCACCACCACGAGCGAAUCCAGCACGUUCUAA